ACAGAAAUCACAGGAAAUCGAGGCAGGAAUCAAGAGCUGUCACCUGAGGCUCGCAGCGCUAUUAUCUCAAAGCGGGAGGCUGGUGUUUCUGUCAAGGAAUUGGAGGCUGAAUUUGGCGUUCACCGGAACACAAUCACCAAGACAAUCAAGCGGUGGGAAACCCACAAAACUGUAUACACCCUACCUCGAGAUGGUUGUCCAGAGGUACUAUCACGUUGCAAGAAACAAUUGCUA